GAUCUGCUGGGAGGAGAGGUAGAACAUAGCAGGACCUGAGGCAGUACUACAUCAACGACUCUUCAAUCAGACCCCUAUUUCUUGACCUCCAUAUGGAUGGCAUUUACAGAUAAUAGAAAGCGUACCUGGGAAUUGCUCCUUUUAACUAAAAACCCCAAACCUGCCUUUCAUCUGAGUGUUUAAAAAAGAUAACCAAUCAGAAAGAAUCAGUCUAUUGGUUUUGUGAACUGAAUGUAAUCUACUUUUCAGCAGAACAGGAAGCAUGGAGUUCAGGGGGCUUUUUUUUUUUUGCUAUCUUAUGCCAGAGGGUGCUAUUGUGAAAACUGAUUAACCCUUCCUUUGUAGAGAAUGAGGGGAGAAGUAAUCUCAUCAGCCACAUGUUGAUUAGUCUUUGAUGAAAUAAAAUCUAGUAUAUCUAAAACGAGUCAUCUUUAACCAUUUUAUUUAUUCUAAACUGCAUACACUCCAAACACUAAUAAAGUAACUCAAGCCAAUAAACAGAUGCUGAGCAACUGAAAAGUAAUUAAAGAAAAAUUUGACCUGAUGUAGUUAGUGUCUCUAUAGUAAUUCCUAGAGUAAUUUCUUUUUGUAAGCUUUUAUUAUCUAAAAAGCUUGCAGAAGCACUUUGAGAACACAUGUGUAACAUUUGUGUAAUAGGCACCCUUGUGUAGUGUAAGCCUAAAGUUAUCACUUCCUGUCUCAGAGCCUGUGGUUUUUAUACCAUGAGCAUGAAUCACAGUGCAGCAGGAUGUGAGUGUAUAUGUAUUUCACCUGCACUUUGUAAGAACUGCCGUUGCUGGCCUCUUAUGCACCCUGUUCAUGCACACAGAGCAGAUUAAAGUGUGAUGGCGUCUCCAACAGAGGUUCCCUUCUGCCUGAAAGAUGGCAUUAUUCAGCUGCUGAAACCUCAGAGGGUCCAGUUUAUGAGGUUUGUACAACUCAACCAGUCGAGGGAUCGGUCAGAAGGCAGAGUCCUUGUAAUGACACAGUGGAGAGCUACUGUAUUUCACAAUAAGCAGCCAGUGAAGGUGGAGAGCUCCUUCAGCUAUUUAGAGAUCUAUGCCAUCAGCAUUGAGAGUCAUGACCAGGUGACUAUUGAAACGGACAGACAGAUUUAUUCUCUCAGCCUGAUGUCAGUGGAGGAUCUGGAGGCUGUGGUCAGUCAUGUGGCAGCCUCGCUCAAGAAAAUCUUCCCCGAUUCGUCCCCAGGGAAACUAUUAAAGAAGGUCCCUCCUGAUCUUCAGGAGAGGUUGUGGGGUCUGACCUCUAAAGUUGAAGAGCAGCUGAAUGGAGCGCAGAAGCCAUGUGGGGGAUUCUCAGACACAUACGCCGCGCUGUGUGACUUCAACGACUUCCCAUGUCGCGAGGAAGUCCAGUGGGACGUAGACAAUAUCUACCAUGUUCAGAACUGUCAAGAAUUCAACCUUCUGGACUUCAGUCAUUUAGAGAGCAGAGAUCUGGCAUUGGCUGUAGGUGCUCUGUCCUUCAACCAGUGGUUCACCAAGAUCUACAGCAAAGAUUUUAAACUGACACUAGAUGUUCAGGAGCAAGUGAUCUACCUCAUUAGCAGGUCCACAGCUCUGCAGGAACUGAGUCUGGAGGCCAGUGGACUUAAAGUGGAUUUUGCCGUAAAGAUGGCUUGUGCUCUUCAUGACCAACCUGCCUCUGCACUGCGUACCAUCAACCUGUCGUCUAACCCCAUAGAGGAUAAAGGUGUAAUGGCGCUCAGUCAGAGCUGGGCACGACUAUCUCCUGGUCUCAGUCAGCUCUAUCUGUCCAAGGUCUCUCUCUCUCCUAAAGGACUGGGCAGUAUCGCUCAGGUGCUCCACCAGAACAAAUCUUUCUCAAAAUCACUAACACAUCUGGACCUGAGUGGGAAUACAGGAUGUCUGGCUACAGAGGAUGCCGUGAGUCUCUUCAGUUUCCUGUCGGCCCCCAAUGUUGUGUCCCGUCUGGACCUCAGCUCUACUGACUGCCCUUUGGACACCCUCUUUGUGUCUCUCUCUGCUGGUUGCUGCACUACUUUAACCCACCUCAACCUCUCCAAGAACAUUUUCUCACAUAGGAAGGUACGGGAGGUAACACGAAGUGUGAGAGACUUUUUCACAAAGAGCAUGGAGCUAAAGUACGUUGGAUUGUCUGGGACUAGACUACUUCCAGAAGCCCUGAGGUUAUUACUCCAGGGCUUGGCCACCAACAGUUAUCUGUCUGAGCUGGAAUUGGAUAUUAGCAGCUGCGAGCUGAAGUCCAGUGGAGCACAGGUCAUUCAGGAGCACAUCUUUGAGGCAAAGGCUAUCUCCAGCCUGGAUCUAUCUGACAACGGCUUUGAGAAUGACAUGGUGACUCUGGUGCUUUCCAUCGGCCGCAGUCAUUCAAUACGGCACCUAGCUCUCGGACGCAACUUUGCCAUGAAGUCUAGAGCUCUGACAGAUGUUCUGCACCGAAUCGUACAGCUCAUCCAGGAGGAGGAGUGUCCAUUGGAGUCUCUAUCAGUGUGUGACUCCAAGCUGAAGACAGGCACCACCAUCCUCAUCAACAGCCUGGGCAGCAACUCCAGCCUCUCCAAAAUUGAUAUCAGUGGAAACUGUAUUGGAGACACUGGUGCUAAGAUGCUAGCUAAAGCUUUGAUUAUCAACACCAAACUCAAAACACUGGUUUGGGACAGAAACAAUGUGACUGCCACAGGUUUCAUGGAUGUGGCCAACGCUCUGGAGAGGAACACCACACUACAACACAUGUCCAUACCCAUGAGUGAUAUGACUCAGUCCUACCGAACCAACCCAGAGAAGACUGAAGAGGCAAUGAGGAAGAUCCAGAUGUGCUUACGGAGGAACAGUCAGAAGCUGUGCAUUACAUCAGAUCAAAUGCUGAAUCUUCAGCAAGGUCUAAAGACCAGCCGCUCAGAACAGCUAGUGCAGAACUUCUGUCAGAGGCUUCAGGAGACCAUGAGGCCUCUGGCCUGCUACAACAUCCAAGAAGUCCAGACUGAUAUCCUGUCUGCAGAGGAAGCUCUCCAGCAUGCCAGGACAGCCAUUGUAUUUCUACCCAGAAUCUAUGAGUUGGGAAGGUCGACCUCUGCUGGUUCAAUGAUGCAGCACAUUCUGGAUGACGCAGCCAAAGCUAUAACCAGUGAGCUGGCUGGGGAAAUCCAGGAGCAAGCUCAGGCCAUGCUGCAGUCUGCACAGGCCGCCUGCCCUCGGGUCGUCCAGAGGACAAGUGUGAACGAGCAACUGGCCAAUCGCGUGGCCAACAAAACACGGCAGGCUGCCCAUUUUGUCCAGAGCAUAGUAAAACAAGCAGAGAGUAGCAUUGCAGAAAAGCUCAGCGAACUGAAACUGUCAGUCAGCGUCUCUCUGGUGGAGAGUAUCAUCGAAGAAGUUCUGCAGGACUUGUCAGUGGCGCAGCAAAAACUGGAGAAGCAUUUAAAAGAGUACUCGCAGCCCUUAAACAGCAAGACCAAUGUCCCACAGCUGAGAGUGGUGGAGCAAGUGUUCCCUACUGAUGAGUAUGUGUCUGGUAUCUGGAGGAACAGUUUCUGUACCCGGAGCAUCCGUCCUGCCCCAUCUGUCAAAAGUCUGCUGGAGACGGAAGGCGAGCAGCAGGCACGAGCGAGUGCGCAGUCCCAGCAGGAGAUGGAGGGAGACAGAGAGUCAGGAGGAGGAGGAGGAGGGGUGUUGUCAUUGGCGAUAGGCCUGUCUGUCAACACAGGCCACACCCAGCUGGGGAGGGAGGUGGAGUUUGGUGGCUGUGGCGCUGGUCUUGUGGCCGCUCGUAGCAGCAGAGAGCCGCGGCGUCCCGAGCCCUCACCUCCUCAGCCCCCUAUGGACCUGCCCAGCGAAGGCCACACGCUGAGGCACUACACCCGCUCCAGACCCCGACCCAAUCGCCACCACAGGCAGCCACCCAGCAAGCCGCAGGAGCAGGCAGCUGAGAGUGAGAAUGAAGCCAAUGAGAAUAUGGGGAGGGUGGACGAGGGCGUAGAGGAGUUCUUCACCAAGAAGAUCAUCCCUGAUGACCCCCUGAAGCACCAGAGGGAGGACGCCCUCAAUAAAGCACAGUCUGCAGAGUCUACCUGUGGCACCACUUCCCCUCCGACCACCACCUUGACAACCUCCACGCCCUCCACAGCUCCGACAAAAAACAUAAAGAAGAAGUUUGGUGACUUUUUCGCCUUCAAGAAGGUCCGUGCAGGUCGAGGAACCAAAAGCGAGGGUGCACCGGAAGGAAAGGUCAAAAAGACUUCAAUAGCAGACCUCAUCCGACCACUCCGGGAGGCCGCACGUGCGGAGAAAGAGCGCGAGAAGGAAAAGGAGAAAGACAAGGAAAAAGAGCGAGAGAAAGAAAAAGAAAAGGAGAAGGAGAAAUUGGAAGAAGAGAGCAUCCUCAAGGCACCCAGCACUACUCCCACCAUCACAGAUUCAUCCCCCACAGUACCAACUGUAGAUGACAAAAUGGCACCCUCACCCCUCUUCAUGCCACUUUCUGCCCCAUCAGCUGCCCCUGCCUCCACCCCCACCCCUCCCGCCUCCUCGCCUGCCAAAACUGAAGGAGUCCCAACAUUGCCUCCUGCUGCACCCCUGACCCCAAUCAAAACUCCCAGUCCAGUAACAGCCACGUUGCCCUUGGAGGGAGAGAAGAGCCGGACCCUAGAGAAGAGCCGAACCCCUGAUGGAGAGAGGAGACCCAAGGCUACGCGCCGCUCACUUCGAGAGGGCAAAUCUCAGUCCCUUAUCCUGCUUACAGGACUGGAGCCAGGGCAGGACUCUGCAGCUACACAAGCUAAGAAACACUCAUCUGAAAGCUCCUCCACUUUUGAACAGCGGCUCCAUGUUAUGCUGCAUCGCAUGGGGGUCGCCAAGACACCCCCCUUCGACUCCAAAACGAGUCAGAGCAAAGAAGAGGAGCUGAGAAAAGCCAACUCAGAAGGGGCAAUACUGGACAGCCAGCCUGAACCUCCACCCAUGAAGCCACGCACCAUGUCCACCUCUUCAGACACCAGACGGCCGGUGCGAGCAAGCAACACAGAACGCCCGCCACUCCCAGAACGACCUCUAGGCCCUUUACCCCCAAAACCGACCCUCAAACCCACCUUUAUCCCCCCGGGUGAGACUCCUGUGGCCUCCAGAACCAUCUCUCCAAUCCCUAGGCAGCCCAGUCCCUCUCCAGAUACUCCAACAACAGUGGUGGAGAGUAGAACUUCCUCCCAGUCUCAGACAAAGGAGCCUCCAACCCCUUCUCCACGAAAAGAUACACCUCCAGCCCCUUCACCACGUAGGGUGCGUAGCACAGACCCCCAGGAGAGAGCAGAAAGAGCACAGUCGGUUACUGAAGAAACUCUCCCCAAACCGUGGCCUCGCAUGAAGCCCUCACCUCAGCGCCGAGCCGUCUCCGUCCAUGAGGACGCCCUACUCCAGCACGCUGCCCUGCUCGACCCUGAGGAGCUGAAAGCUGCAUUGCCCCGACUCCAGAGGUCACCGAUACGGAAGCGGGUAAACCUGGGAGAGCUGGAGCCCUGCUCGGAGGAUUUGCCUGAGGGAGAGGAAGCUAAAUCAGCAGCGAGAGAACAUCUCAGAGGACAGGCUAAAGAGACAGACAGCACUACUGCCAACGAUGGCCAGCGAGAAAAGAGUCUAGGUGGGAACGGUGAAGAAGAGACCAUCCUGGAGAGGGGGGAGUCGUUCUCUGAACAGCACAUAGCACAGGAAGAGUCAUCAGACCAAAGAACUGAACCCCCCUCACCUGAGACAAACAUGGACUGAGCCCUGUGCAAAUUCUAUUUUCUAUCAUGUCUACCUUUGCCUUGCACGUCAUAUUAUGUACAAAAGAAUGAAUUAUGAACAAAUGUUUUAAAAAAAAAAAAAAAAGAGAGUAAUUCAAUACAUAUACUUGUUAAUAAUUAUUAAAAAGUGAAUACUGUUGUGUCA